AUGCCGGGCAUCAAUGAUGCGGAGACCAUCCGAAUUCUUAUCUCAACGGACAACCAUGUCGGGUACAAUGAACGAGACCCGAUCCGCGGGGACGACAGUUGGAAGACCUUCCAUGAGAUUAUGUGUCUGGCCAGAGAGCGUGAUGUUGACAUGGUCUUGCUGGCAGGAGAUUUGUUCCAUGAGAACAAGCCCUCCCGAAAAUCCAUGUACCAAGUCAUGCGCUCAAUCCGGAUGAACUGCUUUGGCGACAAACCCUGCGAGCUGGAGAUGCUCAGUGAUGCUAGCGAAAGUUUUCAGGGUGCCUUCAACCAUGUUAACUACGAGGACAUGGACAUGAACAUCGCCAUCCCAAUCUUUUCCAUCCACGGCAAUCACGAUGAUCCAUCUGGUGAGGGCCAUCUGGCCGCCUUGGAUCUGCUCCAGGUGUCAGGUCUUCUUAACUACUACGGCCGAACUCCCGAGUCGGAUAACAUCGAGAUCAAGCCAGUCUUGCUUCAAAAGGGGCGAACAAAGCUCGCAUUGUAUGGUAUGAGCAACGUCAGAGAUGAGAGGCUGUUCCGUACGUUUCGCGACGGCAAAGUCAAGUUCUUCCAACCCUCUGUCCAAAAGGACGACUGGUUCAAUCUGAUGUCGGUACAUCAAAAUCAUCAUGCAUACACAGAAACCGGGUAUCUCCCAGAGAAAUUUCUACCAGAAUUCAUGGACCUGGUCAUUUGGGGACACGAGCACGAGUGUUUGAUUAACCCUCGUCUCAACCCAGAGACAAAAUUCCACGUCAUGCAGCCAGGGUCGUCAGUCGCGACAUCUCUCGUCCCCGGAGAGGCAGUGUCAAAACAGGUCUCCAUUAUCAGCGUUACCGGUCGCGAAUUCAAGUCCGAACCCAUUCGUCUGAAAACGGUCCGACCUUUUGUGAUGCGAGAAAUUGUGUUGUCCGAAGAAAAAGGAGCACAGAAGCUUGCGCGGAAAGACAACAAUCGGACUGAAGUGACUCGGUUCCUCAUGUCCAUUGUCGAAGAGCUGAUCGAAGAAGCCAAUGCACAAUGGCGGGAGAUGCACGGUCAACCCGGUGGCGAGGACGAAGAAUCGCAAGAGCUUCCCCUCCCACUUGUGCGCCUUCGUGUUGAGACUUCCACGCCAGAGGGCGGGACUUAUGAAUGUGAGAACCCGCAGCGGUUUUCCAAUCGUUUUGUGGGCAAAGUCGCCAACGUGAACGACGUUGUGCAGUUCCAUCGAAAGAAGAAGUCCUCUUCCUCGAGAAAGCCUGAUGCCAAUAUCGAUGAUGCAACUGCUUCCAACCUGGCGGCCCUGGAUACAGUGAAAGUAGAGCAGUUGGUGAAAGAAUUCCUUGCUUCUCAAUCACUCAGUAUCCUUCCCCAAAACUCUUUCGGAGACGCGGUGGCUCAGUUUAUCGACAAGGAUGACAAACAUGCGAUGGAAAUGUUUGUCAACGAGUCCUUGGAAGGACAGGUAAAGCAUUUGAUGUCCUUGGACCGUGAUGCGGACGACUUGGACGAUGAAGAGAGGGCCCAAAGCUCCUUGGUCACAGCCAUGGAGAAGUACCGCACUCAGAUGGAAGCCAUGUUCUCCAAGGGGACCAAAAAGCGUACCACUCGCGGGAAGAAGCGGUUCAAGCCCAAGCCGGAUGGCUGGGACACCGAGUUCGACGGUGUGUGGGAGGAUCAACCAGGCGCUCUCAUCCAUUCCGAUAACGAGGGUGGAGAUCCGGUUGCAGAAGAGGCUGGAGAGGACGGCGCCGCUCCAGCUCGCAGCCGCGCGACGGCGACAACCACGCGUAGCCGCGGCAGAGAUCGGGGAGCUGCGCGAGGAGCGGCUGUCAGUUCCCGUACCACAGCAACCAAGACAAGUUCUGCAAAAGGGCGCAAGAAGCAAGCUGUCUCCGAUGAAUCUGCUUCUGAUAAUGAUGUGAUUAUGCUUGAUGAUGCUGCAGACGAUGACGCGGUGGCCCAUGUCAUAUCUGACGACGAUGACGACUCCCAGGCUCUGUUUGUCAAGCAACCUCGUGCAACCGCUAGCUCGAAGCGGGGCCCAAAAGCUACAUCCACCGCGUCUGCUACUGGACGUCGAGGCGGACGCACAGCGGCUUCUCCAGCACCCUCGUCGGUCACAGUUGGCGGAGCCGCUACUCGUCGAACAACCGCGCGGUCUGCUAAACCGACACAAUCAACUUUGAAUUUCGCAAACUCGCAGGCCAGUGCUCCUCGUUCAUCACGACCUAUUCGUACCACUCGUAGUGUGAGCGUCAUUAGUGAUGACAUUGACGACGACGAUGAUGAUGAUGAUGACGACGACGCGUUUGAACCCAUGGAGAGCUCUCGCUCAAGGCGACGGCGUUAA